ACCACGGCAUCGUCAGUACGGCUCGAGCACGUCGGCCGCGCGUUCCACGUCCUGAGGCGCACCAGGGCUUUCGGCCGCAUUCCGAACGCGCGCGCCCGCUGGUGAUGAUCGCCGUCGAUCGUCGGACGCGUUCCUCCUCCCGGCACCGGUCUUCGCACGCCGACGUCGGCUCAUCGUUUCCCGUUCUCGCACGUCCGUCGCGAUAACAUUACCGUCGCCCGGCAUCGCGGCAGCGACAACACACGGUGCACGUUCGUUCGUUCGUUUACCAUGGCCGUGCUGGCCGAGGGCCGCGACAACGUGGUGUCCAUACCGGUCGUGGACGCGCUGAAAAUGCUCGCGCUCUCCGUGGUCUGGGGCUCGUGGAUCGUCGUCAAGAACGCGGCCUUCCGGGCCGUCGGGCCGCUGUGGUCGAUCAACCCGUUCGGCGACGGCGGCCCGGUCGACAAGUCGGCGACAACGGCGGCUGCGGUGGCGGGAAAGACGGCCGGCGACGGAUCGGACCGGACGCGGCUGACCGCGCACGCGCACAGGGACCGCCCGCCGCCGUGUCUGUUCACCACGGUAUUCGGUACUCAUUCGUACGUCAAAGUCAAGGGAGUUAAAUUUCAUUAUGUUGAAUGUGGUGAUCCCGAAGCCAUGAUUGUUCUUUUGCUGCAUGGAUUUCCUUCGUGCUGGAUAAAUUGGCACCAUCAAAUACCCACCUUGUCAAAACAUUUUCGUGUGAUUGCAGUAGACCUUAAGGGGUUUGGUGACUCAGACAAACCAUCAGCUCGCAAAAACUACCGGGUUGAAAAUCUUGUGGAUGAGUUAGCUACGUUCAUGUCAAUGCUAGGAGUCAACGGCCUUCAAAAAUGUCACGUGAUUGGCCAUGACUUGGGCGCUCUAUUAGGCUGGUAUCUGGUACAUUUAUGGCCUAAUUGUGUGUCGAAAUUCGUAGCAAUAUCAUGUCCACAUCCUAAUGUUCACUGGGAGUACUUACCCACAUCUAGUUUCUUCAACAGGAACUGGAUUUGCUUUAGCCAACUUCCUUACUUACCAGAAAUGGAUGCUUUGCAAAGUGAUAUAAAAAUAAUCAACCAAUGUUAUCAACACUUAUCUAAGACCAAGCAAAGUGAUGAUUUAGAUUACAUUGACGCUUACAAAUAUACAUUUUCUAGAAAAGAGGAUUGGACCGGAGCAAUAAAUUAUUUUAGAAAUUUACCAUUUUAUCGAAUCGAGCCUCGUUGUGGCAAUGAUUCUUCAAAUCCAUACAGAGCCGAAGAAGAUAUGCUCCAAGUUCCGUGUUUGCUCAUCACUGGCAAUAAAGAUGAAAGCGUACAACUGGAAAGUUUUGUCAAGUCCACGGAGUUUUUGAAAACUUCUACUUUGAGAAUCAUUGAUAACGCCAUGCACUUUCCUCAUCAGGAGCAACCUCAGGUUGUCAACGAUUUAUUGAUAUCGUUUUUAGUUAAUGUAAAAAUGGCCCCAGAAGAAGUGCGGUCGCAGAGUUCAAGCGGUUUUGUCGGAAGAAUGAAAGGAAUUGUAUCGUCUACAGUUCAAUAUGGGACUACGUUAAAAGAUUCAGUUCAAAGAAGAACCACUAUUUUAUAGACCCCAGUUAAGACGCCAUAAAAGAUUAAUUAAAAACGAAAUAAUCGAGUUUUGCGAUAAAAUGUUGUUUUAAUUAUUUUGCAUGUUUGUUGUUGUAAAAAAAAAGUGAUAUUUAAAAUUAUUAUUAUAUUUAAGAUAAUUAUUUGAAGAAUAAUUCUUGAUUAUACACGUAGAAAUACAGUUAGAAUUAAGUAUUGUGUUGUUGAACUAGUUUACUAUAAAAAGGUUAAAUUGUUAAAUAAUUUAAUUAGAUUCUGAGUUAAU